CAUUAUUUAUUUACACACAACCUUUUUAACCUAAUCGUAGCUUAUUAAAGCUUUUAAGUGAUUGGAAAGCUAUUUAAUAAUACCCUAACACAGCACGCAAUUAUAGUUUAGUAGUACAGUUUCCAAUAAUUCACUUUCAAAUUGUAACUGCAUUUGCCCUCUGGUUUCAAUGAUAAAAAUGUGGUUACACAAAGUUCUAAAAUUUCUGAGAAAAGGAUUAAUUUAUUUUGGACAAAAUAGUGGCAUUCAUGGGAUAAAACACUUGUUUAGUGUCAAAGGAAACAUGCUUACAAGGUAUAUAAAAUGUUCUCUGUAUUAUGUUACUCUACUAAGAGCAAUUCGGACUAACCGUCCAAAAACGGUUAGCUAAUAGGAGGAGAAGGUUCUAUGUUCCAGCGGGUGGUCUAUUCAUGAGUUAUAUUAGCUACAUUAUCUCAAAACAUUUCGCAUCAUCAGGCUGUUCUGGUUAGUAACUCUGCUAGCGUCGUCCGGCUGUCUGUACCUGAUGCUGCAGCCGGCGGUGGAGCGCGGCGAGGACGUGAACUUCACGCCCGACACCAGCUACCUGGACUGGACCACCACCUUCCCAGCCGUCACGCUGUGUGAGCAGCACAACACUAAGACAACACUACGGAGAUUCAUUGAUCUGUAUCCAAAAUUAUUAGAGCCUUUGAACAACAACGUCCGGCGGUACUUGACGGACGUGUUGUUCGUGCGCGGCUACUGCUCGGGGACAGUGGAGCACUGCGCGCCCUGCGGCGCACUCGUCGCCUGCGACGUGCCCUGGAGGAGCAUCAUCGAAAAUGUGCACAGGAGUUGUCCUGAGCUGGUAUUCGAGUGCCAAUACAACGGCGUUCCAUUCCCAUGUUGUGAAUAUUUCCGCUCGGUGGACUCGGAGCGCGGGCCUUGCUUCUCCUUCAACACUCUACAGCACAAAGGAAAUUUAGCUCGGUUCGUAGUGAACAGGACUACGGGCCCGGGAGUGUUGAAGUUUCGCCUGUUGGCUGAUACUCAGAUCUCAGUCCACAGUACGGAGGAACUAUCUACGAACAAUUUAGACGCAAAGUUAAAGAAUGUGGUCCACCCAUUUUCUGAGAACAAGGCAAACAUCUUGUUCUCCAUCGUGGAGGUAGUCAACGAUCAGUUGUUGGCAAACACCGAUAUCAACGUGAGGGAAUGUCGCUACUUGCAUGAGACUAUCGACAAUCCUUUUUAUACUUACCCGGUGUACUCUUACGGCGCCUGCCGGUUGGCGCUUGGCACUGAGGAGACCUAUCAACAUUGUAAAUGUGUACACCCUGCGCGAGAUCUCAGUUAUAAAGGGAUGUACUGCAAUUACACGGGAAUCAACUGUUGGCAAACAUACGAAAAUAACAUUAAAGUUAAGGCAGGCGUUGACAAAAAUGCCAAAGAACUUUGUUUACCUUCGUGCGUGGAAAGUGAAGUAACCACUAUAAAUUUUAUUUCCAGAUGGACGCCUGAGGAAUCUGGGGAAGGAGCCGCCGUGGAGGUCAAAAUGGUAUCACUGCCUACACUCAGGUACCAGAGGAAUUUACUUCGAGAUAAUUUGGAUUUAGUAGUUACUAUUGGAGGAAUCGUGGGAUUGUUCUUCAGUGCGUCUAUUCUAAGCUUUCUGGAAAUAUUCUAUCUAAUGCUAAGGCCUCCUCGCAGUCAAUAA